AUAUCCGGUUCGAACGUUCUAAUUCCGCAAGGGUCACGCUACGCAUCGGACUCGACUGUAGUGCGCACACGACACAGAAAUACACCGAUAUAUUUCAUUUCUAGUUCAUUAAUUUGCCCUAAAGCAAGUCAGCAGCUCCUCCACCAUGACGGACCGCUACAACAUCCACAGCCAGCUGGAGCACCUGCAGUCCAAGUACAUCGGCACGGGCCACGCCGACACCACCAAGUGGGAGUGGCUGGUCAACCAGCACCGGGACUCCUACUGCUCCUACAUGGGCCACUUCGACCUGCUCAACUACUUCUCCAUCGCCGAGAACGAGAGCAAGGCCCGCGUGCGCUUCAACCUCAUGGAGAAGAUGCUGCAGCCGUGCGGCCCGCCUGCUGACAAGCCUGAUGAGGCUUAAAACAAAAACAAAACGCAGGACCAAUCGAUGAUGAGCCUGAUGAGGCGAAGCAAACACAGGACCGUCGAUGGCAAACCUGAUGAGGCGAAGGAAGUGGAGGACAAUUGAUAGCAGCACCAGCAUCAAUGCUGUGUGGCUGGAGGACUGGGGGAGGAUUGAUGCAUUUUGAUUUCGUCCUUUCUGAACCAGUCAGAUUUUGCAAGUGAGAUUCUUGCAUCACAUUCUUGGACUUGUGUUUGUAGGCAGCAUCGUAUAUUGUUAUUCUUUUCAUUUUGACUGUAAAUGAUGCUAGUGUGUGUGUGCUACUCAAGCAUAUGACAUUACACGUUUUAUACAAUAAACUUUCAAGACGAA